GUGUGUGAGAGCGCUUGAGAGAUAAUGAGCAGAUGAGUGAAUUCAGCUGUGUGUUUGGACAGAAACAUUUAAAAGAGAAACUAAAGCUUGGUGUGUGUUGUAGUUGAGGGAGAGAGAUAGAGAUGAACAGGAAGAAUGUGAUGGCUUCUCAGGUGAUCUUCAUACUCUUUGUCACACUUCCUGUUGUCCUUUGCUCCCCUCAUUUUGGUGGUCUGGAACCAGAGGCUAAUCAAUCAUCCAUUAGAUUCCUGGUGGUUGGAGACUGGGGUGGUUUGCCGAAUGCUCCCUUCAUCACGCCUAUUGAGUGGGCUACAGCAAGGGAAAUGGGCCGAACUGCUGAGCAGCUUGGUGCUGAUUUUGUUUUAGCCCUUGGAGAUAAUUUUUAUUAUAAAGGUGUGAAAAGUGUGGAUGAUCCCAGGUUUCAGGAAACAUUUGAGAAUGUCUUCACUGCAAAAUCUCUAAAUGUUCCAUGGUAUGUUGUCGCUGGCAACCAUGACCAUGCAGGAAAUGUUCAUGCCCAAAUCCAGUACAGCAAAAUGUCCCAACGCUGGAACUUCCCCUAUUAUUACUAUGAACUGAACUUCGACAUCCCACACACCGAUGCCACUCUGCAGGUGUUAAUGUUGGAUACUGUGCUGCUUUGUGGAAACACUGAUGACUUCCAGGAUGGAAAGCCAAGUGGACCUGAGAGCAGUGUGUUGGCCAACCGGCAGCUGCUUUGGCUGCAGGAACGCAUGCACAGCUCCACAGCGGACUUCUUACUUGUGGCUGGCCAUUAUCCUGUCUGGUCAGUGUCCAAACAUGGGCCCACUGACUGCCUGCUGAAAAGGCUUCGUCCCCUGUUGGUGAAGUACAAAGCCACAGCUUAUCUGUGUGGCCAUGAUCACAACCUGCAGUACUUCAAGGAGUCUGGGGUUGGAUAUGUUGUGAGUGGUGCAGGAAACUUUAUUGAUCCAGACAUGAGGCAUCGAAACUCCGUUCCCCGAAACUCUCUGAAGUUCUUCACAGGAAAGUCCUCUACACUUGGUGGCUUUGCUCAUAUGGAGGUUACUGAUAAAAAACUGACCCUAACCUUCAUUCAAGCGAGAGGCACUUCCCUGUAUCGCACUGUGCUGUCUAAACGCAAUUUGUAAUUCAUAGCAUUUUAACAAGUUUUAACACAUGCUUGCGAUUGAUUCAAUUUACAUGUUUUAGAGGUUUGAUGGCUUUAUAACUUGUUUAGGUUUUAAGUUGAAUAUUUUAAAUGUAAUUAAAAGAGCAUUUGAAUUAA